AUGGAGGAUGAUAAAAAGGGAAAGAAACCCAUGAAGCGAAUUGAGAACAAGAAAGCUCUGAGAGUUACUUACAUGAGGAGAAAGGACUGUGUUAUCAAGAAGACAAUGGAGCUCUCGAUUCUCUGCGGUAUCAAUGUCUUCACACUCUGUUUCGGCCCCAAUGGAGAGGUCGACACGUGGCCCCAAAACCCAAACGAAGUGAAGGCUCUGAUCAGGAUGUACAAAGAUUCUGCCAAGAAAAGCCCGGUUAGUAAAACUUGUGAAUCUUCUUUUUCUGAUUGUUGUUUGGGUGCUGAGAAAGUUGCCAAGAAAGUUUUGGUGGGGAAUGAGGAUGGUCAUGGUUGGCUUGAUGGGUUAUCAGCAGAGUCGGUGAUGAGUUUCUUGGGAAAGUUGGAUUCAAAAUUGGAGGUUUUGAAAGCAAGAAUUGAGUUCUUGAAGAUGGUGAAUGAGCAGAAAAACAGCGUAGUGGUAAUGGGGAAAGAAACAGAGAAUUCAACUGAAUUUUACCAACCACAACCACAACCACAACAACAAGAUACUCGACUGAAUUUUGAGAUGGAGAACCUUUCAAUGUUGCUUGACCUUUGUUACCAGUACCAAUCUGGCAUUUUCUGA